AUGGCCGGGGCAAGCGCGCAGCCGGCGUGGGCGCAGGCGCUCGCGGCGGUGGGCUUCCUCGUCGCGUCACGCGCCGCUGCGCGCCUUGCGCUGUGGCUCUACGCGGCCUUCCUCCGCCCAGCCAAGCCGCUGCGCCGCCGCUACGGCGCAUGGGCCGUCGUCACGGGCGCCACGGACGGCAUCGGCCGCGCGCUCGCCUUCGAGCUCGCCGCGGCCGGGCUCGGCCUCUUCCUCGUCGGCCGCAGCCCGGACAAGCUCGCCUCGGUCUCCAAAGAGGUCAGCGCUAGGUUCCCCGGCGCCGAGGUGCGCACCUUCGUCAUCGACUUCGCCGCCGACGGGCUCGCCGCUAACGUGGCCGCGCUGGCGGAGUCCAUCAGGGGACUCGACGUCGGCGUGCUCGUCAACAACGCGGGUCACGGCUACCCGUACGCGCGCUACUUCCACGAGGUGGACGAGGAGCUGAGGAGGAACCUGAUACGCCUCAACGUCGAGACCGUCACGCGGGUGACGCACGCCGUGCUCCCUGGCAUGGUGGAGCGCAAGCGCGGCGCCGUGGUGACCAUCGGAUCCGGCGCCGCCUCCAUCAUGCCGUCCACCCCGCUCUACACCGUCUACGCCGCCACCAAGGCGUAUGCGGAUCAGUUCUCGCGAAGCCUAUAUGUUGAGUACAAGGACAAAGGCAUCGAUGUGCAAUGCCAGGUACCCAUGUACGUGGCGACGAAGAUGGCCUCGAUCAAGCAGGCGUCGCUGUUCGCCCCGUCACCGGAGACGUACGCCCGCGCCGCCGUGCGCUACAUUGGGUACCAGCCUCGGUGCACUCCCUACUGGCCGCACGCCCUACUGUGGUUCCUCUUCUCUGUGGUGCCCGAGUCCCUCGUCGAUAGGUACGUCCUCGGCAUGUCCCUCGGCAUCCGUAAAAUGGGCCGCGCCAAGGAGGCCAGGAAGAAAGCGGUGUGACACGAACGCUGAAAGAAAAGGCACCUACGCUCUCAAUGACCGACUGAGAUGAAAAUAUGUGUGUUAAUUAUACAACCUUCAUAACUAAUUGUAACAAGAAGAACGAAUGAAUGUAGC